UCCGCUGCAGCUGUGUGUCAGCGCUAAAUAAAGACAGUAAUAAGGAGAAUAGCAGUGAUGUGUGCGGUCUCGCGCUUAAUAACGCAUUAACAAACACACACACUGUAUCAUGCGCGUGAGUAAUGAGGAGCACUGUGUGUGUGUGAGGUGUGUGUGAGGUGAGUGUGUGUGUGUGUGUGUGUGUGUUGGUUGAAGCUGACAGGCCGUUGCGGGAACAUUAACACCGAGAACAGGAACAUCACUGAACACCUCCAGAUUCCUCUGUGUGAGAGGUGUGGUCAUGGCUGCGUGCAGCUCCGACACGGUGCACUACAUCCGUCUGCAGAAUGCUAGUGAGUGUGUGUUGGAGUCUUUGCGGUCUCAGCGGCGUGACGGUGUAUUCUGUGACGUGACUGUGCGGAUCCAGGACGCGUCCCUGCGCGCUCACGCCUGUGUGCUGGCAGCCGGAAGCCCGUUCUUUCAGGACAAGCUGCUACUGGGCCACUCGGAGAUCAGUGUUCCACCUCUGGUGCCGGCUGACGCUGUACUGCAGCUGGUGGACUUCCUGUACAGCGGCUCCAUGGUGCUGCUGCGCUCGCAGGCCCUGCGCAUGCUUACUGCUGCCAGCAUCCUGCAGAUCAAGAGCGUCAUCGACGAGUGCACACAGAUCAUCUCUGCCUCCUCCAACCACAAACAGGCCGCCGCCGCCGCUGCAGCCGCUGCCGCUAAGGCUCGCAGCCAGGAAGGUGGAGCUGUGGGAGGAGCCAUGACUGGGUUUGGAUACACCAUGGAAGAGUGCAGUGAAGUUACGUCAGAAAGCACAGAGCAGCCGAAUACUCACUUCAUCUCACAACAUCAAGCAGGACUGCAGACAGGGGCGGGGCAGGGUGAGACGGCCUCUAUUGAAGGGAGUGGAGUCGGCAGGAUGAUGCCCCCUCUCAGUGACCUGAUGUGCAGAGGGGAUGGGCUUGGUGCAUCAGGGGGUGGGGCCUCACUGAAGCCUGUAAGUUGUUCUCAGGAGAUCCAGACUUACAUGCUGAACCAGAAUGCUGAGAGAACCACUGCACAGAAUCAGAGCCAGAACCGGGCAGAGUCAGGCCACACCCCCAUCAAUAACCCUGCUUCUCUGGGCAGGGGUGGCAGCGGGGUGGGGUUCGUGGGCGUGGCAGAGGAGCUGCCUGUUGGCAUGGAGAGGUUCAGCGAAGGGGAGGAGCUAGAGGACAGAGGGAGAGACGGAGAGAGAGACAGGGGGGCGGGACAUAGCCGCAAACAGAGACAACCGCUACGGUUACAGGUGAUGGGGCCAGAGCAGGUGGUGGUGAAGGAUGAGGAGAACCUGCAAGAAGGAGAAAACCUGUUCCAACUGGAUGAGCAACAGGACACUACACAUUCACAAUCACACACACAAACCUAUGGCCAGGCAGGCUUUUAUGAAGAACAGAAUGUGUAUGCUGGAGGUUUUUGGCCACAGACUGAUACUUCUCAGGCCUUGGUGUCAAACCCCCGUUCCCGUGGCAACAAACCACUGUCCCCACCCACUUCUUCUCACAUCAACAAUCAGAUGCUCUUUCAGUAUCCUGUCAGCGAAUCACAACCGUCCUCCUUCUUUGUGGGAGGAGCUAUGACCAUGGACAGCAUGUCAGAGUCAUGCCAACAGGCUCCGCCACCACCCCCCCUGACCCCAGCCCCGCCCCCUCCUGCUUCGGCAUGUGUCGCAGGUCCAAGUUUUACGGCUCAGGGAUCGGAAACGUCCUUCGACUGUAGCCACUGUGGAAAAUCGUUGCGAUCACGCAAGAACUACAGCAAGCACAUGUUUAUACACUCUGGUCAGAAGCCCCACCAGUGCAGCAUAUGCUGGCGUUCUUUCUCUCUUCGUGACUACCUGCUGAAGCACAUGGUAGUGCACACGGGUGUGCGAGCGUUCCAGUGUAGCGUGUGCAGUAAACGCUUCACACAGAAGAGCUCUCUGAACGUACACAUGCGCACUCACCGCGUCGAACGCAACUUCUCCUGCACAGUGUGUAACCGUGCAUUCACACACCGCACAUUGCUCGAACGCCACGCCCUCCAGCACCAGCACCCUGCCCCACCCAUCAAACCCCCAACCAACCACGGCGCCAUGGGCGGAGCGGGUGGGGCAGGGCCUGGGCCCGCCCCCUAGUGGCCAAACUGAGAACUCGGGGUGGACGUCGCUAAUAUUAUUUACCUUCAUACAGAAUGCUAAAUAAUUACAAAAUAAUAUUAGUAAUUAUUAUUUUGUAAUAUUAUUAAGACAUUUUAGCAUUUACAUUCAUUCACUCAAAAGUUCUUAGACCACAGGGGGGGUGUCUUUAAGUCCAUAUAAGGACAUAGAUAGCUAAAUGAGAUUUCUGAGAGGAAUUUAUAUGAUACUCAAGUGUACAAUUCUUUACUGUUGAUGCAUGCUAACUAGCUAAUGGUCAGCUAAACUGACAUAAUCUUUGACAUAUUUUAAUGAAUUUUUGAAUUGUAAUUUAGCUAAUUUUAGCUAUCUAGCUAAUGCGAGCUAAUCUGACACAGUUUCUGACAAGUAUUUUAAUUAAUAUUUACAAAUGUUUAUACACUUUUAACCAAAGUUAGCUAAUAUUUAGCUAGCUUCUACAAAGCUGAGAGAAUUCUUGAAGAUAUUUAAGUGGUAUUUAUAAACCUUCAUAUUUAGAACUAAAGUUAGCAAAUCAUAGGCUAAGCUAACCUAGCAGGCUUUAUCUUAAUUGUUCAUGUUAAAUCUCUGAAUAUUAAAAAUCUUCUAUGGCUAGCUGAAAUGUGCGAAUCAGUCACGCUCUCCAACUUGUUAAUCUUUAAUGCUAGCUAGUUGGGGAAUGUUAGCAUAAAUGUUCACCGUAUUCACAGGCAGUUCUAGCUAACAGGAGUGAUACAGACAGGAUCUGUGAGGGAAUCUUGCCUCUGAGGACAGAACAUUUAAAACGUUUAAAGUCUUUCAAAAUCAAGUGUGGUCUCGAAGACACACCACAUACUUCAAAAAUAAAUAUAAAAAUCUAUGUAAAUGUGGUGUAGUUUUAAUCUAAGAUUUCGCAGCCACUUGAUUUACACACCUGAAAAUCGAGCAUCACGUCCACCCCGAGUGUAAGAGUCUAGAUUUACAGAUUUUCAUUCAGGACUCACACUCACAUUUACACACACACACACACACACACAUUUAAACAGUCACACUCACAUUUUCUCUCAAACAAACAUUUUCACUCACACACAUACACUCGCACACAUUUACACUCACAUUUUCACAAACACACACAGUCACACAUUUAUACACAGUCUUACACACAUUCACAUUCUCACACAUUUACACACACACACACACACGGCGUGUUCUGAUUAUCAACUGUAGGGUAUGUUAUAUUCAGAUGCCUGGUCUCCUGAUCUGUCCUUAAAAACUAAACUCUAUAAUCCGUCUGCGCUACAUUCUAGCUAAAGUUUUGGCACCCUCAGUGACACUGCAUCUCAGCUCAUCCUGCUGUUUGGUUUUGGAGACUGUAAGUGUCUCGUUACAGAUUGUGUAUACUUGUGUUGAGGUGUUGGGUCAUGUCACUGAGUACAGAGUAUUAAGCUGUUUCUGUGUAAUCGUAAUGCUUCAUGCUAAUUCUGUUAUUCCUUUGAUUAGCUAGCUAAUUAAUAGCAGUUUCCCUAAAAACCACAACAACCACAUGCACUUUAAACCAUAUACUCUCUAUAUCUAGACACUUUGUAGGCAGCCUGAUUAGGGCACUUUGUUUAGAGAUGAGGUUUAUAAGAUUCGGCCAUUUAUCUAAUCUUAUAGUGGAGUAGCUCUGAGAAUCGCACAAACCGCCAUCAGACACUACUGAUGUUUAUUAUUGGUUUGUAUCAGGACACACCUCACUCUUUCUUGCACGUGCACACACACACACACACACACACACACACACAAUGACACAUCGUGGUGCCAUAAUCAUGAAGAGCAGCUUCAUCAACCAGAGAACCUCACACACACACUCUCUCUCUCUCACACACACACACACACACACACACAAUAUCUGCAUAAGCACUAAUGUAUUCGUGCAGUACUCAUACGGGAUUUUUAUAAAUAUAUAUUUGAACGUUAUUUUAAUUUUUUUGGUAAUGUAUGUUGUGUAUUUUAAUCUGACCUCGUGUUUCAUUAUGGUUUUUAACAUUCCCUUGUCCACAACCCCUCCGAAGUGCAAACUCCACCCAAGGAGCAAGAACAAUGUUCAGCUAUAUCUAAUGCUGCUAACAUUGGCUAGAUUAGCAUUUUCAGGUUAGCUCACUGCUAGUAAACUAGCCCACACUAUAACAUUAUAGGUUUCACUGUCAGAGUUUCGCUGUCCCUCGCAUGCAGCUUAAUCACGUGACCUCAUACAUUAGCUCACAUGUAGCUCCAUUUUCAAAUCAGUUUUAUACAUUUUUACUGAGAAAGUCAGGUUUAAAUAGCAAAAUAAAAGUUCUGAUUCUCCUUUCUCUGAUGUUUGUGGACUAGCUCACUGAUUUAACUUUACUCCCAGCAGAACGCUCCCUGUUUAGCUCUACUCCUUAUUUUACAGCUAGCUGUUUGCUGAAUUUGUGUACUACAGUUUAUACCCAUUAGCUAGCUAGGCUUUAUGUUAGCUGGCAUAUUCCGAUACAGUGGAACAGAUAACUAGCUAAUUUCUUAACAGAUUCGCUACAUUUUAAUGGUUGUAAUUAUUCUGAACAUUGAUGUGUUCUUCAUGCCAUCAGUGUAGGAGACCAUGUGGGUGUUUUCAGCCAAUAGAAGGGGGCAGACACGCCCUUCACACUGGAGUGCUACCUCGCUAGCAUGCUAACUAACUUGACUGCUAUCGAAUGAAUUAUGCUAAUAAUGUAGUUAAAGAUUUUCUGUGGUGAUUUUUCAAAUUUACUAUUGUUUAAACUAUGAACUGUGUCGUUAUUACUAGCUGUCCUGUGUUGCUAGCAUGCUAACUAGCUCAUAGAGUAAAUGAGUGCAGUAUCAUCAACUGCCACAAACAUAGACAAUCAAAUGUUCAUCCUAAAAAAUUGUAUUUAAUUGAGGAUGCACAUUUUUAAGAAAAGCUACAUUCGCCAUCUUGCAAAGGAAGGACCUUCUUCUUCUUCUUCUUCUUCUUCUCUACUUCCUGUUACAAGCAACACAGUGCAUCAUGGGUAUUUGGCCUGGAUUGUCCAUUAGUGCGCUACAUUCCUCAAGACCUGAAAACUCACUAAGUAGUGCAGAGACGAAAGUAAGGAGAAGUGUAUGAGGGAGUGUUAAAACCGUGAUUUGGGACGAGGCCGGUGUUUUACUCCUCUCAUGUGAAACCGUACAGACCUCAGGAAAACCACAACAACCUCCACAGAGAACACUUUUAUACGUCCGAGACUUUUUCAGCGCAGAACAGAAAUGUGUUUAUAACUUUUAAUAAUGAUGUGCACAUGAAUAUUAAUGAGGAUGGUAUUUUUAUGGGCGAGGGUUUUCAAGUUAAAGUCUUAAUGUCGCUUUAAUUACAUGCUGAGAAAAAACUGUAAAUGCUUCUUCAUGUGUUUGUGUUAAUGAUCGCAACAUGAAUGUGCAACUCUUUUUUAUUAUGAUAUGUUGUCUUGAGAUAUUAAAGGCUUCAGUCUCAGUUACCCAGCAUGCCUUGCGUGUAAACCUGCAUGGAACCUCAUUAAAGAUGAUUAACGAUGAAA